CACCCCUUGACGAGAUUUGUAAGUUUCUAAAGGGUUCGAUUUGCAAAGACACCCGCCGGUCGUCUCGUCCAUCCUCGGCGGCGAUGGGCGACGAGGACGGCGAAUCGGAGGAGAGGGUUCUGAGCCACGGCGACGUGGUGCUCAUCCGCUCCGACCUCGCCAUCCUCCGCGGGCCCCGCUUCAUCAACGACCGCAUCAUCGCCUUCUACUUGGCCCACCUCUCAUCCGUCGACGACCUCCUGCUGCUCCCGCCCUCCAUCCCCUACCUCCUCGCCAACCUCCCCGACCCCGCCUCCGUCGCCGACCCGCUCCGCCUGGCCUCCCGCCGCCUCGUGCUGCUCCCCGUCAACGACAACCCCGACGUCUCCCUCCCCGAGGGCGGCUCCCACUGGACCCUCCUCGUCCUCGACAACACCAGCCCCUGCGGUCCCCGCUUCGUCCACCACGACAGCCUCCAAGGCGCACCCAACCUCCCCGUCGCGCGCCGCCUCGCGGACGCGAUCCGCCCCCUGCUCCUUUCGAGUUCGAGGACGGUCCCGCUCGUCGAGGGGCCCACCCCGAGGCAGCCCAAUGGCUACGACUGCGGCGUCUACGUCAUGGCGGUCGCCAGGGCCAUCUGCGCCUGGUGGACCAACUGGCGUGGAGGGGGAGGAAGCUGCGAUUGCGAUUGGUUUGAGGCGGUGAGGAGGGAGGUGAACGCUGAGAGCGUCAAGGCCAUGAGGGCCGAGCUGCUGCAACUAAUCACUCGCCUCAUCCAAGACAAGAACAAGGCCAAUUCAAGACAAGCACUCACCGACUAUGAAUUCAUCUUCUACAAUUCCAGUGUUUCAGAAUUUCUUAGCUACAUCAUAUGUGCUGCAUGUCUCUUACUGAAGUGUUCCAGUGACUCGAACCAGCAUACAGUGAGGAAGGCAGAUCUGACAUCUAUCUACCCCCUUGUGUCCAUACCUAACAGUCUUACACUCUUACUUACAUGCACCCUAACCACCUUCUCUUUCUCCUCUCCUCAACUCCCUUCUUUCCCCUUGCAUUGUUUCUACCAGUCUACAGCUGCAACAACGCACAAGACUAAGUGCAAGAUGCAUGAUCACGAGAAGAUUGCUGCUCUGAAGCCUGUGGCCUCCAGACCUUUCUCCAGCUUCAAAUCCUUCUCAAAGCUCUUUAAAAACUUCACUGCCGCUGGUUCCCCACCAAUCACCGUCCUGGAGGAGACGAAUCUAAUUAGGCCAAAGACCACACGGUUCACAUCGCUACCGAGUGAUCUUCCGUCAGAAAUUACUGCAACCAUAUUGCAGGAUGCCGGUUCAGGUACCAUACUUGAAGAGAUGGAAGUAGAUACAGAACAGGUCGUCUCUUGUGACCAUCUGACAACAUGCCACACUGUCAGGAAGCCUAUGGUCAGUAUGAAGAACCGUUUGUCAUAUGAUGGCUACAACUGGAGAAAGUAUGGGCAGAAGCAGGUGAAAGGGAGCAAGUUCCCGCGGAGCUACUACAAGUGCACUCACCCAAGCUGCCCUGUCAAGAGGAAGGUGGAGACGACAAUAGAUGGCCAGAUUGCUGAAAUUGUAUACAACGGUGAGCACAACCACCCCAAGCCUCAUCCUCCCAGGAAGCCAAUGUCAUCGACAAGUACAGAGGUUGUGGUUACUGACGUGCAUGGUACUGACGAUGCCGGAGUAGAAAGCCAGAUAGGAGCAUCCGGAGGCAGUUCUAAUUGCUUUGACGAAUUUGGAAAAAUGAGUGAGCUCACUGACAACAAGAAAAGGAGAUACUAGAGAUGCAAGUACGUGGAGCGUGAUUCGUCGUCGUUGGGGUGGUCAUCGUCAUCUAUGACCAAAUACGAGGGAAGCCACAAUCACGGCAUUCCUCAUCCUCCCUAGGGUUCUUCUUCUGAAGCUAAAGUAUGUAUGCACGUAUGAUUCAUCGGAGAGAAGAAACUAAUAUGAGUCGUCAAGAGUGGAAGAAUGGUAUUCCUAUAUGUCUGUCUGUAAUGUAGAAUGGUUCUUCGACACUAUAAUUCUCAAAUAAUGGUAUUUUUUGCCGUC